AUGGUUACCGAGCCAUUUGCUACCUCUCUCCGGCAAGCCCUCACCGGAGAAGACCAACGUCGUUCAUUUGGAGUUAUUUGUGUGACUCCAGACCGGCACCCCGUCUCGGUUGCGGAUUUGGACGAGUACGCAAGACAACAAUGGGAAGGUGUGCUUGGAUACAUGGUCGGGAUGAGCUCGUUAAGUGGGGGACGAGAAGCCAUCACUCUAAGUAAAGGGGUUAAACAACUACUUCAAGCCUGCCACCUUGUUGAAAUACGAGAUCGAAGGGUUGAAAUCACGAAAGAGGGUUUCGCGUUCGUCCUGCAGGAUGUCAAUACCCAGGUCUGGCAUAUACUCAUAUUAUAUGUUGAGAACGCAGAGGCAAUCCACAUGGAGAGCGUCGAGGUCCUAUCAUUCAUUUUCUUGCUUAGUAGUCUUGAGCUGGGCCGGUCUUAUGAGAAGAAAGACCUCACACCAACCCAGCUUCGGACACUUGCUGACCUCACCGACUUUGGUAUCGUUUACCAGCAUACACCUACAUCGGGAUCAACUCGAUUUUACCCAACCCGGCUAGCUACCACACUCACAUCCGACUCUCUGGCCAUGUCAGGCCCAAUAUCAGGAGAAGCCACCGCCCCGGCACCCAGCGCAGGCCCCACAACAGCCACUGACGCAGGUACCGGGUUCAUAAUCAUUGAAACAAAUUACCGCCUGUACGCAUACACUUCCUCACCUCUACAAAUAUCACUCAUCUCUCUCUUCACAACACUAAAGUUCCGAUUUCCAAAUCUCAUCACGGGCAAAAUAACCCGUCAGUCCGUUCGUCGAGCUAUCGAAAUGGGCAUUACGGCCGACCAAAUCGUGUCAUACCUCACUACGCAUGCUCACCCCCAAAUGCGUAAAACAAAAAAAUCCACCUCAAACGUUUCAGCUUCAGUCUUGCCACCUACUGUCGUCGAUCAAAUACGGCUUUGGCAACUGGAACGAGAUCGAAUAAAAGCUACAUCCGGCUUUCUUUUCAAAGAGUUUGCCAACCCCGAGGAAUUCAAAGCUUUAUGCAAAUAUGCCGAGGAAAUUGGUGUACUGGUGUGGAGAUCUGAUUCUAAGAGGAUGUUUUUCGUUACUAGGCACGAACAAGUGGCUGCAUUUUUACGAAGUAGAGCAGCCUCUAGAGGUUAA